GCCCAACACGUGUAGUCCCAGGGCUGGGCUGCGGCCGCAAAUGCUCUGUGUGUACUAGCAGCCACCUUGUAUGUUUGAUGGGGUCAGUGCUUGUGUGGGACAGUGCUGCUGCGAAGAGCCCAGGUCUCAUAAGAAAUUGGUGCCUGACAUAGGAGGUGUCUGUCCUGUGCAAAGCAAUGGGAGACCCACUGGCCCUUGGACUGUCUGCCGGAGGAGAUGCAAAACCAAGGUGUUGGGUGUUUGCGGACACGGGGUCCUGUUACAGUCUUAGACUGGUGGGCCCAGUCCCCUGACCAUGUCCCAGCUUGGAUAACUCAAUUCUGACCCCAUAAAAGUCCUCAGCCAACUGCUGUGGUCUGUUCCUCAUCUUCCACCCCAAAAACUUGUGUAGAGUGGUUGAGUGUUUUUUAAACUGCUGGUGGGUUUUCUUUUCUUCCUUGUGCAACUGCUCUUUGAUGGAGGUAGUACUGCCGGUUCUCCUGUGCCAUAGCCCCUGCUCUAGGAGGUAUGGAGCCAGAGGACCCAGGAGCUCCCAUCCCUGCAGCUGCUGCUGUGCCACCAUCUCCUCGGCUCCCAUCCUGCUGGAGGCAUUUCAGCAGUGGGUUUGCAAAUGUUCAGAUCCAAAGUGAUUGUAAGAGCGUUGCUGAGGUCUGGACUUAUCCAAGAGCUUGGCUCUUUCCCAGAGAGAUUUAAAUGGGAAACCUCCUCAUGGUGACUCUCUGGAUUAUAAGACCUCGUACCAACAGUGGUAGCACCAGACAGGCCAUGGAAGAUUGCCCAUUUGGGCAGCAGUAGGUAUUUGUUAGAUUGCCAAUGCCAGAGGGUAGGAUUGCUCCCAGGUCUGCUGCCAAGCUGUAACUUCAGCAAUGGUGCAAGAACACAGGUGAGGGGAAUUCUUGGCCCAGGCCCAGAAGCUCUUUAGCUAAAAGCAAGCCCAGUUCAACAGCUUUGCUGUUUCUUUCCUUCUGUGGAGUUUAGUAACACUUGGAUCUGAGGUGACUUUGAGAUACUUUUGGUGGUUCAUCCAGCACAUCUGCUGGAGUUGUGCUUGCAGGCUCAGGGGGCAAUGUUUUGGCAUGGCUUAACAGGACCUCUGUGUUCCACCUAUAAGUAAUUGUAGCUGGAUCUGCAGGUCAUCCAGGUGUCCCAAUAGCUUAUUUACAGACAUCGAUGCUUGGGUGUUUUCUGCCUGCAACUGCAUCUAGCAUCCGUGACUGUAAAUCUGGCAGCUGGACAUUGACUAAUAAAUAACUGUCCCACAAGUAAUUGCAGGUCUGAACCUGUGCCUGAUAGCUGAGCUGAGGAGAGUACUGAGAUUUAUUGCAGAUGAGAGCCAGGAUGGUGUGGUGGGCUUGGCAUGCUAUGCCGUGCUGUGGCAGCGUGUACGUAAGGGAUGGGAGCACUGGUGCAGGGGUGGUUCCUGUGGCUUGUGGCUCAGGGAUGUGGUCAAGGUUACCAGGGGACCUUACACAACAGGCCUGUAUAGGGAGGCUCCUGCUGUGUGACUCGUGCCAGGAAAGUAAGUAAAUCGUUUGGCUGGUUUCUCUUCUCUGACAGGUGCAAACAUGUUUUGGAGAAAGCUUAUGGUUGGCUUUUUUUUAAGCUUUAUUUUAGGGUGAGAAGGGCUGACCAUUUGGGGGACACACCACCUUCCAUGUGCGGAUUGAAGGUGUUUGGAGGAGAGGUGAUCAGACUGUAUGUGUUCUCAAAGGCUAAUUAUUGGCAGGUUGUAGGGGAUGCAAUAUGACUUUUACGUGAGGCAUAAAUCCUAGUGUAAAUCUGGAAACGAUGACCCGUAAAAUGCAUAUUUUAAUAAACUCCGUGUGUUCUGGAUGUGUUCUUCUGCCAACCGUGGAGUCUGAUCCUAGUAUCCCAGUGGAUGGGAACAAGUAAGAUUUAUUCCUUCGGCAGCAGGACCCUGACCUGGUGCUGGAUGUCUCAGCCACACAUGCUUAUUUAAUCGGAGGCUGGCUUACUGACAUCUCUAGAGCUACAGGCCGUUUGGCCUGCUGGUGUAAAACACGCAGGCCAGCCACCCUGGCUGGGGGUGAUCUGGAGGAGGAGGGUUUCUGGUUAAUGCCAUUCCUGUUGGGGUGUGAUGCUUUUAUUUAUUUCCUUUCUCUCUUCCCUGCUUCCUCCUCCUGGCUCUUCUUUGUCCCAGGGCAGCACAUGUGGUAGGGCUGGGUGUCUCCUAGGGUCACUGCCACAACAACGUUCAUGGAAAAUAAAGUGUCUUGUGCAAUAUGGUGCUCGAGGGAGCUGUGAGGGAGCGGCUCCUGGAGUUCCCAUGUGGCUUUUGAAGGCAACUGCAGGCAGGGAGCAAAAGGAGAGGUGGAAGGAGGACACAUGCUGCUGCAGGAGCUCCUGGUCUGUGAGCUGUCCCCAGUGCUGGGGUCUGUGGCGUGGGGACAAGAGCACGGUGAUGCAUCCCGUGCUCCUGGGUGCUCACCCAGGAAGGACCCAAUGCUGCCAGCAGCCCUGGCCAAGGCUGCAAAAAUUCCGUUUCUUCUUCUGGGCUCCUUGCUGUCCAGGUUUUCAGUGAGAUCAGAACAAGUGGAAUUUAAGGCUUUGGAGGAAAAAAAAAAAGGUAAAGCUUUGAUAGCAAGGGACUCCAGUGCUGGUGCUUUCAGACCAGCCCUGCGCAUGGUGCAGGACUCUAUGUGCAUGGCAGGGACUGAUCCAGCCUCAGCCACUGCAAGGGGCCAGAUGCUGGAGGAAGGGGGUAAAAAUUAACCUCUUCCUUAUUGCCUUGGGGAUGCAAAUUUUUUGCUAACUGGUCAUUAGAAUGACUUUGUGAACAAAAUAUGAGGGCAGAAAUUGGUGAAAGAUGCAUUUCAUGAUCAUUUCAAACUCUGCAUCUCUCUUCACCAGGACUCCAGAGCAGCAUGUUUGGUCUCCUGUUCCCUGUGCAUGAGAAGAGGGCAGAGGCCUGGGAGGGGAGCAGAAGAUGUUGGCCCAGGAGGCAAUGCCAGUGCAUUCCCUCAUGCAGCAGGACCUGAGCCCAGCUGGGGCUCUGCUACCUGUGCCUGUCCCUGAGUGGGCAGUGAUCCUUCCCCAAGGUUUGCUGGGGACUCGGGAGCUGCCGGACCCAGAGCUGCUCAGGAUGGCUGCAAUCUCCAGCUGGGCUCUGCCCGAGAGAUGUCUGGGGUCCCUCCAGCCACCAAAGAGGUGACAGAGGGAGAAGGGGACGUGUGGGUGGGGAAAUGGAGCAUCCCUGAGCAGCACAUUUCCCUCCUCCCCUUUUAUCCCCCAGACACAAAGCUGGCUGCUAUUAACUCCUCUGAAGUGCGCCUUGCUGCUUCGGGCAUCGAGGAUGCUCAGGGGAUGGGCGUGCUGUUGUGACGAGACGCACGCACGCGUGUGUACCCUCCCUGCGCACCGCUGCUGCCCGGGCACCUCACCUGCUUCUCUGCUUAGGCAGGGGAGAAGGGCAGGAGUGCACGCAGCUUGUGCUAGCUUUGCUUUGCAGCUCUACAUGUGUUUUAAAAGCCUGAGUCUCCGGACUCGGAGACAGCUUGGGAGGCUCCCGGGGCAGGGAUGCUCCCCAGCCACCCCUGCUAGCCCACGUUAGGCAGCAGCCAAGUGUUGAAGGCUUCGGGAGACGCCAGGCUCGUAAGUAGACAGUGGUAGAUUCUUGGCAGUGACUCUGCUGCCCCAGGGAGGUGGCUUGGUCGGGCUUGCAUGACUGUCCCUGUGUGUGCAGCGUGGAUGUAGUCUUUGUGUGUUGGUAGAGGUGUACAAGGCAUUGCCUUGUCCAAGCAGAGCCUUGGCCAUGGGCUGCACUGUGUGAGAGCAUGAGUGUGUUGUCUCCAGGAACCUGCCUUAUCCAUGCAUUGUGGGUAUGGAGGGCAUACUGUGCCCUGGGGGGGAGCAGGCAGGGCGGCCAGAGUGGGAGUACGUGAUCUAGGUAGGGCUGGGCAAUGCCUGUGUGCCUUUGUGUCCACGCAUGUGCAAGUCUGUGUUUCUGUGAGGUGCUUUUGCAUGGUGCGAUCUAUACUAGGGUGCAGCAGAACAGUGAGGGCUGCAUGGGAUGCUGGAGCUGGGUAAGACCCGUGGGCAUCUCUCACUUUUUAGAUAAACCCUGAUGAAAUUCCACACUUAACAGCUCCACAGCAGCCUCCACGUAUUAAUGUAGGGUCUUCUCUGAUGCUCUCUGAAACCAGAUGGUAGCUCUUGCCAUCAGGAACCUCAGCAAGGGUCUUUUUAAAUAGAAAACAUUAAUUUCCAAUGCAGGGGAGAUUGCUGUGGUGACGAGAGGUGGGACUCUCUGGGCAGACCACCAGUAGGUUGCAGUGCCCUGGGGAAGGGAGAUGGUUGCUCAGGUGCAAACACCCUUGUACAUGCAAAGUCUACCCCAUGCUGCUGCACAGCAUCAUCUCCCUGCCAGGGCUGGCCUUGUGCUUACAUUCCUUAUGGGUCUAUUUUUUUGUCCUCGGGCAGGCAGUGGUGCCGAGAGCCGUGGGCUUGUUGUUAUGGCACAGCUCACUGGCAAUGCUGUUGCCCCGGCAAUGGCUGAGGAGCCUGAACAAUGAGGAGAGCAUCUUUCAUGGGCCACAGGCAGAUGUGGGAUCUCUUGGAGAGGGUGAAAUGCUCCGCAGGACUCUUACUGCAGCAUCAGCGACAGCUGGUGGUGGAAAACAUGGCGUGGGCACAUCCCAUGGCGUUUGACCUUCUUUUCCUAUGCUGUGCUGUAUCUCUGUGUUCAAACCACGUGGUGUGUCCUGCAUGGCUCUUCCUGUGGCUGUUUUCUGCUCUUUGCAGGCCUCUGGGCCAGGGUGUGUGCCCAUGGUCUCCUCGCAUGGAGGAUGACUGCCAAGAGUAAUGGUCUGCGCAGCUCACCAGCCAACUGCCAUCCCUGCCCACCCACCCAAGCCCGAGAGGAUGGUGACACAGAGGGGACGGGGCUCAGCAUCAGGAGGACCGGCUCAACCCAGGAUGACACCUCCUCAGAGCUGCAGAGAGGGGGUCCUCCGGAUGCGGGGGAGCAGCCGGCUGCCCCCGCUUUCCAAGGCAGACAAGCCUUGGCCAGGAUAGUCCGACUGGUGCUGGUGCUGAGGGACUGGGCCAACAAGAGCUUGCAUGAGGAGCAGCAAAGGCCAGACCCCUUCCUCGAGCGCUUCCAGGGCCCUGAGCUCCAGACAGUGGCUGCAGGUGCUGGGAACGAUCUAGAGGAUGAGGAGACCGAGGAGGAAAACAAAAAGAAAAAAUGGCAGAUCUUUGUGGUGGACCCUGCAGGGGACUGGUAUUACCGUUGGCUGGCUGUCAUUGCAGUUCCUGUCCUCUAUAACUGGUGCUUGCUCAUAGCCAGGGCUUGCUUCAAUGACCUGCAAAAGACCUAUGUUGUCCUCUGGCUGGUGUUAGACUACAUCUCAGACUCUAUCUACAUUGGGGACAUAGUGAUCCACCUGCGCACAGGUUUCUUGGAACAGGGCCUCCUGGUUAAGGACCUGAAGAAGUUACGGGAUAACUACAUCCACACCUUACAGUUCAAGCUGGAUGUUAUGUCCAUCCUGCCCACAGACCUGGCAUACUUUGUUGUGGGAUUACACUGCCCUGAAUUGCGUUUCAACAGGCUACUGCACUUUUCCCGCAUGUUUGAAUUCUUUGAUAGGACUGAGACCAGAACCAGCCACCCUAACAUCUUCCGCAUCAGCAACUUGGUUCUUUACAUCCUGGUCAUCAUCCACUGGAAUGCAUGCAUUUAUUACGCCAUCUCCAAGGCCAUAGGCUUUGGAGCAGACACCUGGGUCUAUCCCAACAUCACAGACCCUGAAUAUGGGUAUCUGACCCGGGAGUACAUCUACUGUCUCUACUGGUCUACGUUGACUUUGACUACCAUUGGAGAGACCCCUCCCCCAGUGCGUGAUGAAGAGUACCUCUUUGUGAUCUUCGAUUUCCUCAUCGGUGUCCUCAUCUUUGCCACCAUUGUGGGGAAUGUGGGAUCCAUGAUAUCCAAAAUGAAUGCCACUAGGGCAGAGUUCCAGGCAAAAAUUGAUGCCAUCAAACACUACAUGCAGUUCCGCAAGGUGAGCAAAGACAUGGAAACCAAAGUCAUCAAGUGGUUUGACUACCUCUGGACCAACAAGAAGGCAGUAGAUGAACGGGAAGUCCUCAAGAAUCUCCCUGAUAAGUUAAGGGCAGAGAUUGCCAUCAACGUUCACCUGGAGACACUGAAGAAAGUGAGGAUUUUCCAGGACUGUGAGGCAGGUCUACUGGUGGAGCUGGUGCUGAAGCUUCGCCCUCAGGUGUUCAGCCCAGGGGAUUACGUUUGCCGGAAAGGAGACGUUGGGAAAGAGAUGUACAUCAUCAAAGAGGGGAAGCUGGCUGUGGUGGCAGAUGAUGGAAUGACACAGUAUGCUUUGCUCACUGCAGGAGGCUGCUUUGGUGAGAUCAGCAUCCUCAACAUUAAAGGGAGCAAAAUGGGCAACAGGCGCACAGCCAACAUUCGUAGCUUGGGCUACUCUGAUCUCUUCUGCCUGUCAAAGGAAGAUCUUAUGGAAGCAGUCACAGAGUAUCCUGAUGCCAAAAAGGUCUUGGAGGACCGUGGCCGGGAGAUCCUGAUCAAGGAAGGGCUGCUGGAUGAGUCAGCUGCAGAGGCAAGCACGGAAGUGAUUAGCAUGGAGGAGAAGCUGGACAGGCUGGCCUUGAACCUGGACACACUGCACACCCGCAUUGGCCGGCUCCUGACAGAGUACAAUGAUGCCCAGAUGAAGCUCAAGCAGCGCAUCACUGUUCUGGAGUCCAAGAUGAGGCAGCAGGAUCUGGAGGACUUCUUCUCUGAUAGUUCAGACAGUCUGCUUGAGGAUGAGGAGAAAGAUUUACCUGGUGAGACGCAAUGAGGGGAUGCAGAGAUCAGCUAGAUGAUGUCUGGCCUUGUGCUGAGACAGUGUUUGCUAUUUCACGAGGCAGAUCCUGUGACUUCUCUCAGGUCCUUAGCACUGCUGCUGCCACUGCCUUGAUGGCAGCUCCUUAGAUGGCUCCAAAUCAGGUGAUGCUCCUCCUCUGGCUUGUCCCUUUUCUUGUUGCCUUGAUCUGAGACCUUGGACUUGGAUCACUAAAAAGAGGAGAAUGGCUAAUGCCACUGCUAACAUUUCCUUCCAGCUUCUGCAAAAGUUCUGUGCCCAUCACACCUCCUUCCUCCUAUUUGCCUUAAUAGAAAGUGGGACAUGAACCUUGCAUGGAGGGGUACCUGGACAUGCUGACCUCCCACGUAUGUUGAGAAGACACAGACUCAUAGUGGACUGAGCCUGCCAUGUGCCACCUACCCAUCCACACAGGGACAAAGGAGGAGAUGGGCUUUGGAAGAUGCCGCAUUCCUCGCAGAUAACAAAACCACCCCAACGACAGAGACCGAAACACAAGCCAGAUAUUUACAAAUGCAUUUUGGUUUGGGCCUUUGUAACUCGCUUUAGGUAAAUAGUCUUCACUGAGUGUCUGCAGACACCCAGUCUGUACUGAGAGACUCCUUACCUGCAAAAUACUAAAAAUCAACUAAGACGGCCCAAUCUGUGCCUCUUAUAUCUGCAAAUGGAGAGGCUUGUCUGGGUCACUGUCACUACCUAGGUCAUCUCCACCACCCACACUGAGGCUGGACAUCUAGCUGGAAGGGCAGGCAGCUUCCAUCUUCCUGCCUGCCUUUUUUCCCCCUGCUAUAUUUGGUGCUGUCAAAUGGCACUCAGUACCCCAAGCACUGCACCUUCCGGGGGGACAGCAUUCCCAAGGCCUCCCACUGUGGAGGCAGCAUGAUUUCUAUUUGGGCUAUGGAUGUCUUGGAUAAGUACAAUACAGAGGUAAAGACGGCGGCUCGCUGGCCCGACAGAGCCUGUUGUGCUUUGUGCAGAAGGAAGACAGUAAUUGUCUCUCAUCCAGCUAAUGAUGGCCAGAUGUGCCAGGAAGGGUUUGACUGAAAUGAGACAUUUUUAAGGAACAAAGCAGUGGUGGGACCCUACUGUGCCUGUAUUUGCUUGGCUGUGGGUAGCUCAGAGAGAGAGUGCAGAACACAUUUAUUUUCUUAGGCAGGAGGUUUCCUUGUACUCAGUGGGAGUUUGGGGGCUUUGCAGGCCAGUUGCCUUCUGGAGGAGAAAUGAGUGGCAGAGCCAAGGGGACACAUGUGCAAGGGUGAAAACACGACACCAUCGCAUGCGCUGGCAAAGAUCUGCCGGGCUGUGCUGCAGCCCUGCAGGCUCCAUGGUGUGAGCAGCUUGUUGGUGAGGGGUGCAGUGCAGGAAAGGCCACCAAAACCCUGCAAGCAACAGCAACCUCAGCACAAGCAGUAAUGCUACCCAUGCCUAACAGUACUGCACAGGUGCUGGGACUGGGGCAUGCAACCUUAGUGCUUGCUUCUGUCGUGUAGCUUGCCCCGACCUGCAUGUAGGCAUCCGGGACCUCCUGCUCCUGCCCACUGGGUCCAUGGGGUGGGCUGGGGCUGGUUUCCAAGGAGGAGAAUAUUUGGUGGAGAAGGGAAUUUUGGAGGAAUUCAUGUUCUGGGUCAAAUUCAGCCAAUAGUUUGGCUAAAAUAAUGGGAUGACACAUGGGGAGGUAUCAACCUGGAAAGGUUUAUGGUGGAAAACUGAGUGUAUUUGCUUUGUCCUUUCUUUUCCCUCCAACGUAAGACUGCCUCUCCCCAUUUUGUAUGAGAAUUUUCCAUUUAAAAAUAAUGGCCUUGUUUUCUGGAAUUGGUGGGGGAGGGAAGGUUAAAUUACCAAAAUGAGAAUUUGGGGUAAGAUAAAAAGGUUUUUGUCAUCUUUAAAUUAAACUGUAGGGUUUCUGUG